AUGAAACCGAAAGACCCACUGCCGUGGCAGGAAACGGCUGGAGUCUUUUAUCGGAUCUGGUGCCGUUGUGGACCAAGCAACUACGUCGGAGAAACCGGGAGAUUACUCCGGACGCGAAUGGCCGACAAUGUAGCGGCGGUGAGGAAGAAAGAAGCUAACUCCCAGGUUGCAGCUCACUCGACGGGACACGGCCGUAUUUUCAAGUUUAACGAGGCCGAACUCUUCGCAAGAGACGAAGUGGUGCCUUUUAUUGAUACAGUCGUCUUCGUGGAAGAAAUAAUUCAGGCGGAAUUGCUCAACUUGAAGGAAUCGACCUCCGCAGGCCCCGAUGCAAUCCCGACCAAUCUGUUGAAGAAGCUAGUUUCUAAAAUGGUCAAGCCCCUAGGCUUAUUAUUCCAAGCGUCAUUUGAUACUGGUAGUGGAGGUCGAGCGUCUGUGAAUAAUUACAGGCAAAUGAGUCUUACCUCUAUUUGUUGCAAAACCAUGGAGAAAAUCACAAAGAAAGCGCUGAUGCAGUCUCUCGAGCAGAAUCACCUCCUUUCCGACGCCCAACACGGCUUUCGCAGUGGCUGGACCAAAGCACGUAGCGAUGGCAAAAUGGUUCAUGACAGCUAUAUUGACUUCAAAAAGGCCGUCGACAGCGUCUCUCAAAGACGCUCGCACAACCAAGAUAACUUGCUCUACACGAGCAAGUAA